CAAAAGUUUUGCAUCAGUGUCCCAGAGCACUGGUGCAGAUAGCCUCACCAACCCGUCGCAACAACGCGCUGUGUGUGCUGCGCAAACAUGACACCUGUCCUGCACACCUUGGCGGUCAUAUUUGCAUCUGCCUUUCUGCAAAGUGCAUCAUCGGCUCAUCUCAAUGACACCAUCUUUGCCGUGACCGUGAGCUCCCAGGUGAGAGGAGGGUCGCAGGAAACACUAUGCGCCCUCAUCCAGGGGCCCACGGAGCCCGUCUCCUUGACUAUCACCUUGGACACAAAAUCUAACAGCACCGUCAUCCUAGAGAAGGAUGUCAACCAGGACUUGUUCCAUUGCCUGAAAUUUCAGGUCCCGGAGGUGCGCACUCAUACUGUGGCAACCAUAAACGUCACUGUGAAAGGGGAGAAUGCCACCAUGAACAAGAAGACCAAAAUCCUCAUCGAGCCUCCUGCAUUCAUCCACAUUGUCCAGACUGAUAAACCCAUCUACAAACCCGGGCAGACCGUGCAGUUCCGAAUUGUUUCCAUGGAUUCCAAUUUCAUCCCUGUGGACCGCCUGUACACAGUGGUGGAGCUCCAGGACCCCAAUUCCAAUCGGAUCGCUCAGUGGCUGGAUAAAUUUGUUUCGGCGGGAAUCCUUGAUCUUUCCCAUCCCAUGAUUGAAGAGGCAACACAAGGAACCUACGUUAUUACCGCCACCACGGACAAAGGAGAGAAAAUCUCCCACAGCUUUGACAUCAAGGAAUAUGUUUUGCCCAAAUUUGAGGUAACUGUUGACCUCCCGAGUGUGAUCUCAAUCUUGGACCAGGAGGUCACGUUCAAGAUUUGUGGAAAAUACACUUACGGGAAGCCAGUUGUUGGCUCAGUCAAGGCGGAGUUUUGUCGGAAUGCCGUCCACUAUUUCUGGCAUUCCCCGAUUCGGACAAAUAUCUGCAAGACAUAUGAACUGGAAACCGAUAGCAGCGGCUGCACUACACAAAAUGUGAGCAUGGUAGAUUUUGCCCUCUACAAUUAUUUGUAUGAGGACAGUUUUGUGGUGGAUGCUGAACUGGAAGAGCGUGGCACAGGUGUGAUGCUGAAAGGUACAGGGCGGACACCCUUCAGUGCCGUUGUCAGAACAGUUACUUUUGAAGAUGUGCCCCAAUCCUACAAGCCUGGCAUCAUAUUUCAGGGAAAGCUCAAAUUGACUGGACCGGACAACAAACCUGUCGCCAAUGAGCCCGUUUACUUAUUCAGCCCGAACUCUCUCACUUUAAAACUCACCACAAACUCAGAAGGCAUGGUCUCCUUUACUCUGGACACCAGCAACUGGAGCGGCUAUGUCAACCUCAAGGCCAUAUCCACACUGGACGAUGACAAACUGUCCAUUCCAGAAAUACGGAAACCCGAGUACAGAGCAGCCUAUCAUGGCGUUCCUGUCUUCUACUCAAAGAGUAGGAGUUUUCUGAAGCUCAUGCAGUUUAGCGAGAAGAUCUCCUGUGACAAAGACGCCGUGGUACGAGCUCGGUACAUCAUCCAGGGAGAGGAGCUCAAGGAGGGACAGAUGACCUUAGACUUUUUCUACUUGGUGAUGUCCAAAGGAACAGUUGUGGAGCAUGGUCAUCUCCCGAUAGCUGUUACAGUGGGCUCAGUGAACAAAGGGGAGGUGACCAUCCCCCUCCAUCAAGCGAUCGACCUGGCGCCCUUUGCACAAGUUGUAGUUUAUACUGUGUUGCCUGGUGGCGAGGCUGUGGCUGACAGCCAGGACUUCCCCAUCGAACUCUGUCUCAAAAACAAGGUCUCUCUUGAGUUCCCGUCCGUCCAGGAGCUUCCAGCGGAGAAAACCACAUUGAAACUCCAGGCUCAGCCUGGCUCUUUGUGCUCUGUUCGAGCCAUUGACCAGAGCAUCCUAUUGCUGCAGUCAGAGAAGGAACUCACUGUUGACUCUGUGUACAAUCAGCUGCCUCUGCAGAAGCUGACGGGAUACCCAUAUGAGAUUGAAGACUUUGAGCCAUUUCCCUGCUUUCCGGGGCCCAUACCAUUCCCUGAAGAAGAGAUGCUGGUGGCAGAGAGCUCACUUUAUUUUGGACGAAUCACUCAAAAAAAUGAUGUUUUCAGCAUCUUCAAAGGGAUUGGAGUCAAGCUUGUGACAAAUUCUGAUGUGAAGAAACCCUACAACUGCCUACUUAGGGAUCCGUAUUUCAGUGAAGGUGAUGGCGUAGAUGGUCCGGUUUUGAAGCCCACCAAUGUGAUAGAGCACACUGGUCAAGGACCAGAACCCGAGGAGAACAAGGAGGAGACCCUGAGGACAUUCUUCCCAGAAACAUGGAUCUGGGACCUCGUUCCUGUUGGAGACGCAGGAACAGUGAAUGUGGAGAAGACCGUCCCAGACACCAUCACCCAGUGGGCCGCCGGAGCUUUCUGCGUCUCGUCUGUGGGCUUCGGCGUUGCGCCCACCACGGCGCUAACUGUCUUCCAGCCCUUCUUUGUCAGUCUCACGCUGCCCUACUCUGUCAUCCGUGGGGAAAUGUUUACUCUCAAAGCCACUGUCUUCAACUAUCUCUCCAAGUGCAUCAUGGUGAAAGUGACACUGGCUCAGUCGGACAUGUAUACCUUCAAAAACUGCGACGAAUGCCAAUACACCGUGUGUCUGUGCAGUGAGGAGAGCAGAACCUUAACUUGGAUUGUCACUCCAACCGCCCUUGGCAAGAUCGAUCUGAAGGUGAGCGCCGAGGCCAUGAGGACCAGAUUUCUGUGCGGCAAUGAGGUGGCUUCUGUCCCUGACGUGGGCCGCAUUGACACCGUGGUCCACAGCCUGCUGGUGGAGGCCGAAGGAACGCCCCAGUCAGUCAGUCACAACGCGCUCCUCUGCGCUGCAGAGGGACCGGCGGAAAAGAACAUCUCUCUUACAUUGCCACAAGUGUUUGUGCCAGGAUCUGUCAGAGCCACUGUCUCUGUACUUGGUGACUUGAUGGGCCGAGCCAUGAAGAACCUGGACCAACUCCUGGCGAUGCCAUAUGGCUGCGGGGAGCAGAACAUGUUGCUCUUUGCCCCCAACAUCUUCAUUCUCAACUACCUGAAAAUCACCGGUCAACUGACUGCGGAGAUUCUGGACAAGGCAACGCGCUUCCUCGAGAGCGGAUACCAAAGGGAGCUCACCUACAAGCAUGACGAUGGCUCCUACAGCGCCUUUGGGAAGAGCGACGCAUCUGGCAACACCUGGCUGACCACCUUUGUGAUGAAGUCAUUUGGUGAAGCGAAGGAUUACAUCUUUGUCGAUCCCAAGCACAUUUUUGAUGCCAAGAAGUGGUUGUACUCAAAGCAAGGGAGUGACGGCUGCAUCCAAUCUGUGGGCAAACUCUUCCACAAUGGCAUUAAGGGAGGAGUGAGUGACGACGUGUCCCUAACGGCUUACGUCGUUGCCGCCCUGUUGGAAAUGGACUCCGACAUUGAAGAUCCUGUGAUCCAGAGGUGUCUGGGUUGUCUGAAGGAGGCAGCCGGCCAGAUGGACAACUUGUACACCACAGCGCUGAUGUCCUACACUUUCACCCUGGCUCGGGAUGAGGAGAUGAGGGCCAAACUCCUCACCUACUUGCACCAGCAGUCCAGUACAAUGGGGGGAACCCGCCACUGGCACCGAGAAGGCGUCUCUGGGACAGGAGUGGAUUCUCUGGAGGUGGAGAUCACCUCCUAUGUGCUGCUGGCGCUGCUCUCCGGGCCCGCCCUGCCAGAUUACAUCUUGGACUAUAGCUCCGGCAUCGUGCGCUGGCUCACGCAGCAGCAAAAUCCGUACGGAGGCUUCUCUUCCACGCAGGACACCGUGGUGGCCCUCCAGGCGCUGGCGAAAUACGCCGCUGCCACGUACAGCGUUGGGGGCAGGACUGUCGUGACGGUAACGUCAUUAGGAGGUUUGGAAAAGGAGUUCAUAGUGGACCAGAGCAAUCGGCUCCUGUACCAGGAGGAGGAGCUGAGCGAAGUCCCUGGAGAAUACACCGUUCGAGCCGAGGGGCAGAGCUGUGUUCUGGCACAGAUCUCCAUGCAUUACAACAUCCCCCCUCCUCCUGACUUUUCUGCCUUCGAAAUCACUGCGGACGCCAUUUCAAAGUGCAGCUCCAGCAAGCCACAGCUCCACCUCUCUGUCAAUGUCACUUACCAGGGUCGGAGAGAGGAGACAAACAUGGUCAUCAUUAACAUCAGACUCCUCUCUGGACACAUUUUGGAUCAAAGCUCUCUGGAGAUGCUCAGGAACAACGAAUCAGUGAAGCGUGUGGAAGUGGAAGACGGUUAUAUCAACAUCUACUUGGACCGGCUGACGAAAGGUGAGACGGCGGUUUACAGCAUGACGCUGGAGCAGGACAUGCUCGUCGAGAACCUGAAGGCAGCUGUGGUCAAAGUCUACGACUACUACCAGCCAACUGAUGUGGCCAUGACUGAGUACACAUCCCCCUGUGAGAAGAGAGAAACAAUCAGAGAAACAGUUGAAGAUGAAGUGCCAUGGAGCAUAUUUGACUGGCUUCAAAGCCGACGUUAGCAACGAGCGGUCAGUGAACAUUGAGGAGACUAUCAGAUUCAUAUCUGGAAGAUCAGAUGUUCAUCCAACUUGUUGACGUGUCUUUUUCUUUCUUUUGGGGUUUGGAUUUUAAGGGAAUCGCCGUGAUUGCAAAUGAUGUUCUUUCCCUUUCUGUGUUGCUUUCUUUUCAAAUCGGGCGAUUCACUUCAUUCUGUAGUUAUUGCUUCCGCUCAACACUGGACAUCUUUUAACAUGUUCAACCCACUGGAACCAAGAAAAUCAGACUGCGCUCUGUAACUGGUUUCAUAGGGUUGACAAAUCCAUGUUUUUCAACUCAAAGUGGAAGAUGAUACAUUGCAAGGGACCAAUAACUGCAGGAAAAAACAAUUAAAAAAAAAAAGAGUGCUGUCUGUGUGGGGGUAUGGGGGGGUGUUUUUAAAGAAGAUAAAACUCAUCACAGCAGUA